AGGUCAUUUAUGGCCAAGUGUGUGUUAUUGAAGAAUCUGAUGAUGUGCGGUGUAGCAAUUGAGGUAGAAUUCAAGUUGACGAAUUCCCAGAGUGCCCUGCUGGGGUGAAGGAGUUUGAAGUAGCAAGGAUCUGUGCUGUACAGUGUGUUGUUCUGUGUUAAUGACAUUUAGACUACGUUACCCAGCAGGCUAUGCGGGCACGGGAGAUGGUUAAAGAAUGCCUUGUAUGGCUAAACAUGGAGUUUUCUAGCUGAAGUAUAUGUUCAUUAAAAGUUGUUAAACCUACGCCCCGGUUAGUCAUUAUAUAAGGAACAAACAUAACAUACAGCAGGUCUCCUACAGGGCGGGAAGUAGUUGAAGGAACGAGGGGAGCUGUGGAAGCUAUGGCAGAGGAUGCCCCGCAGCCUGUAGAGAUUCAGGAAGCAGUUCUCCAGUUGAGGGAUACUGAUACACUGAUCGUAACGAAGGUGGAUUGUGUGGCAUUUAUUACGCAGGUGAUUAAUUGUAGUGCCCAAACGAACAAAACGUUUAAGAAACUGGAUAUAAUUGUAUGUGCGGCUGAAAGGUUUUUGUAAUUUACAGCCGAAGUAUUUCAGGGAAUCCUGGCUGAAGACAUUCCUCACUCCCAGGCCCCUGAGACUGUAUAUGGAUGUGAUUUGGAUUGGACUGUGAGAGGGUUUUUUGAUUGAUCUAUUUUCGUAUUUUGUCUGAUGUCGUUUCCCCCGCUUUUCUGGAAUGGACAUUACUGUUUCCCCCGCAGUUCACUAACUGUACAGUAGGUGGACACAUACACAUUAUAUGUGUGUCAACGAAACAGGAACUUCCGGGCAAGCGCAAGCCAAUCUUCAGAAUAAAGAAAGCGCCAGCACUCUUGAUGUUACUAUGAUACCUUUUAUCUCCGUUUUAAAUGUAUGGCUACGGGUAUGUAAUAGCGUGUUCAAACGUUGGAAAGAACAUGUCAUAACAUUCUAUGUAACAAAUCGGUAUCAGCACGUUUAGUAAAGGUUUUAAUUGUAUGUGUUUUUUUUUCUGUCAAACGGAGUGAGUGAAGAACGUUAUAAAACUUUUAUAAGUCACGCCGACUCAGAUUAAGUCUGAGGCCGGUAACAUCAACAGUGAGGACAAACCCAGCUCCCCUCUCUCCUUCCACACUGAGUAGAAACCUACAGUCACUGGGUUCUGAUUGUGACAGUGGAGCCCAGUUUGCUCUGCAGGAUCCAGAGAUGGCAUCAGUGAAGCUGGAGGACUGCAGUCAAACACUGGAGCUGAAUGUCAACAUUAAAGAUGAAGAUGAAGAGGAGGAGGAGAUUAGGACAACUGUUAGUCAUGGACACCAUGUUGAGACAUUCUCUACAUCCAGAGAGCAACAGCAGGAAGAUCAGAGAGCUAAGAGGUCUCAUCACUGCCCACAUUGUGAAGACAUUUUCCCAUUUCUAUCAAAGCUAAAAACACACCUAAAAAUACACACAGGAGAGAAGCCUUACUCCUGCUCUGACUGUGGAAAAUGCUUCACAAGGUCAACUGAUCUAAAAGUUCAUCAGAGAGCACACACAGGAGAGAAGCCUUACUCCUGCUCUGAAUGUGGCAAAUGUUUUAAAACAUCAAAAGAGCUAAAAGUUCAUCAGAGAACACACACAGGAGAGAAACAUUUCUUCUGCCCUGACUGUGGAACUAGUUUCUCUCAACUUUGCAACUUAAAAAGGCAUGUACUUAUACAUACAGGAGAGAAGCCUUACUCCUGCUCUGACUGUGGUAAAUAUUUCAAAACAUCAACUGAGCUAAAAGUUCAUCAGAGAACACACACAGGAGAGAAGCCUUUCGUCUGCUCUGACUGUGGAAAAUGCUUCACAACAUCAAGUCAUCUAAAAGUUCAUCAGAGAACACACACAGGAGAGAAGCCUUUCUUCUGCCCUGACUGUGGAACUAGUUUCUCUCGACUUUCCAACUUAAAAUCACAUGAACGUAUACACACAGGAGAGAAGCCUUACUUCUGCUCUGAAUGUGGAAAAAGUUUUAAAACAUCAAAUGAGCUAAAAGUUCAUCAGAGAACACACACAGGAGAGAAGCCUUUCUUCUGCCCUGACUGUGGAACUAGUUUCUCUCAACUUUCCAACUUAAAAUCACAUGAACGUAUACAUACAGGGGAGAAGCCAUACUCCUGUUCUGACUGUGGUGUGAGUUUCUCUCGACUUGAUACCUUAAAAACACACCAACAGAUACAUAAAGGAGAAAAGCCAUACUCCUGCUCUGCCUGUUUAAAAUUCUUCAAAACAGCAACUGAGCUAAUAGUUCAUCAGAGAACACACGCAUGAGAGAAGCCUGCUUACGUCUUCCCUGACUUUUAGGUGAGUUUCUCUCACCAUAGCACCUUAACACACCAAUGUAUACACACAGGGGAGAAGCCUUACUCCUGCUCUGUGGAGGGGUGAGCGUGUAAGUCAAACGUCUAGCCAAAGGCUGCGUGUUUGAAUCUCAUCAAGGAGGACUUUAGCAUUUUAACUAAUUAGGAACUUUGCAACUACUUACUACUUUUUAGCUAUGUUAGUAUGUUAGCUUAGCAUGCAACUACUUCGCAUGUUAGCUAACCUUUCCCCUAAACCCAUUUAACUCUAACUUAAACCCCUCACCCCUAACCUAGCUAACGUUAGCAAGAACAAAUUGGAAUUCGUAACAUGUCAUAAAUAUAACAUAUCAUACAUAUAACAAGUUCGUAACAUAUUGUAUGAAUAGCAAUGCGUAACAUAACAUAUGAAUUGUAAUUCUUAACAUCUGAUAUGUCCUACAAGUCGUAUUAUACUGAACAAUAAUCUAAACGCAACAAUUUCACAGAUUUACAGUUUUUAUAAGGAAAUCAGUCAAUUGAAAUACAUGAGGCCCUAAUCUAUGGAUUUCACAUGACUGGGCAUGGGCUCAGGCUUGGGUGGGAUUUGGGAGGGCAUAGGCCCACUUUGGGAACCAGGUCCAGCCAAUCAGCAUGAGUUUUUCCACACAAAAUCUUUAUUACAGACAGAAAUAAUACUCAGCCCACUCCCAGACAAUCCUGCAGUUGUGAAGCGAUCCUGGGUUGCCGUGGUUACAUGUGAUCUGCAGUUGUGAGGCCGGUUGGAUGUACUGCCAAAUUCUCUAAAAGGACGUUAGAGGUGUCUUAUGGUAGAGAUAUAAAUAUUGAGUUCUCUGGCAACAGCUCUGGUGGACAUUCCUGCAGUCAUGACAAUUGCACAUUCCCUAAACUUGAGACAUAUGUGACAUUGUGUUGUGUGGCGUUUUAUUGUCCCCCUGGACAAGGUGCACCUGUGUAAUGAUAAUGCUGUUUUAUCAGCAUCUUAAUAUGCCACACCUGUCAGGUGGAUGAAUUAUCUUGACAAAGGCUGAAAUGCUCACUAACAGGGAUAUAAACAAAGUUGUGCACAACAUUUGAGAGACAUUAGCUUUUUGUGCAUAUGGAACAUUGCUGGAUUUUUUUAUUUCAGCUCAUGAAACCAACACUUUACAUGUUUAGUUUAUUUACUGUGAUAGUCCAAUGUAAUGUAACAUACUAAAUGGAGUGGCACUGAAGUUUUUGUAUAAUAUAAAACGUUUUGCUCUGAGAUCAGGUUGUCCCUCUGCAGUAUUCUGUGGGGAGGAGCUAGUAUACCCUUUUUUUUUUUUAUUGAACCUUUGUUUAACUAGGCAAGUCAGUUAAGGACCAAUUCUUAUUUACAAUGGUGGCCUAGUGGGUUCAGAUUUUUACCUUGUCAGCUCGGGGAUUUGAUCUAGCAACCUUUUGGGUACUGGCCCAAUGCUCUAACCACUAGGCUACCUUCCACCCCUAACAUGUAUCAGAUAGAGAUGGUGUGAUGAUCACUUUUCACCACUAGUUUGGGGGGGAUUGUUUUACAACUCUAUUUAAUGAUACACAGUUUAUGAAAUGAAUACAUGUGUUUAUUAAUUGUCUUUAUAGUUAGAUUAGUUAUUUUAGUUACUGAUCAUGAAUGUGUUAGGGAUAACUGAAUUGAAGCAAACGUUAUUGAUCUGCCAAUGAAAAAUAAAGUUACAUGAAUAUGUACUGGUCAACCUCU